CAACGCCAGCAGUCUGUGUUCAGAGCUGAGGAGAGACCGGUCGGAAUGCACUACGAUGGGAAAUAACGCGUUAGAGGAGGAACAUAUCAAGUACGGUGUUUUUGCGUUCACUUCCCGUAAAGUUGCUCAUAGAUGAGCCGGCGGGAAAGUUAGACAUCUCUUGGAUAUAUCGCAGUAACACAACGUUUAUUUGUUUCUUCUCUUGACUUCGUUGCUGUUGAUCGCAAAACAGCAAUAAAAUGCUGUCUUGGAAGAAGAAUAAGUUCGACCUGAUUGAGGAAGACAGGCAGUCCAAGCAGAAGGGCUAUGCUGUGAGCCUCAACUACUCUGCGCUCACCUCCUUCGCCAAGUCCUGCCCCGAGAGCGCGCUCAACAGGGUGGGCAGCAUGUUCAAGUCCAAGAGGAAAAAGGUGAAGAUCACCAGCGAGGACCCCACGUACACCGUGCUCUACCUGGGGAACGCCACCACCAUCCAGUCCAAAGGGGACGGCUGCACGGACGUGGCCGUGAGCAAGAUCUGGGGCAAAAGCGAGAUGGGCAAGAACGGCACCAAGAUGAGGCUGACCAUCAGCUCCCAGGGCAUCCGAAUGGUGCACGUGGACGACAAGGCGAGGAGGCCGGGGCACCUGUACCUGCUGCACAGGAUAACCUACUGCGUCGCGGACCCGAGGCUACCCAAGAUCUUCGCCUGGGUGUACAGGCACGAAAUGAAGCACAAGGCCGUGAUGCUGCGCUGUCACGCGGUGCUGGUGUCCAAGCCGGAGAAGGCGAAGGCCAUGGCGCUGCUGCUGUACCAGACCUCGGCCACGGCCCUGGCUGAGUUCAAAAGACUAAAACGGAGGGACGACGCCCGGCACCAGCAGCAGCAGCUCAUCGGGGAACAAACCAUCCCGCUGGUCCCCAUCAGGAAGCUGCUGAACGGACAGUGCUACUACAAACCCCCGGUGGAGCGCAGCCGGAGCGCGCCCAAGCUGGGCUCCAUCACGGAGGACUUGGUCGGGGAGGAGGAAGAGAAGAAAGCGAUGCACUUUGAAUACGAGGACAUCCUGGACACGGACGGGGAUCGCGUGGCCAACGGCAAGCGGGAGUGGUCUCAGAUCAUCAGCGAUUUGGGGGAGAUGAGCAUAGGCAACGACGUGCAGACGCUGAAGGCUGACCUCCGAGUCACCAGACUUCUGUCCGGGGAGAGCACGGGGAGCGAGUCGUCCAUAGAGAACAGCCAGGAGCACGUGACGCUCACCAACGGGUUCGGGGAAGUGAAGGUUCAGGAAAUCGCCUGAAUCCUUUCGGAACAUUUAUUUCGCAGGCGGCUCUGUUUUGUUGAGCCGCGGUGUCUCUGUACUGUGUCUUCGGCCGCGUGUUGGAGAGUUUUUACUGUGACCCGGUGCCUCGGAGGAUAAAUAAUAAGGGGAUCUGGUGAAAGAAAUGACUAUUAGGCUUCUCAAUUAUAUUUGAGGAAUGUUCAAGGAAAAAAACAAGUGCAUGUCCGUUUUGAAAGAUGAUAAAUCCCAGUGCGCCACAGGACACACUGCACUAAUGCCAUCUCGUUAAUUUAAGAGGAUUUACUAUGUCCUCAGACUUGUUUACCUGAAUAUGUCGUGUCUCUUUUUCCUGUUGAAAGAUGCUGACCGCGAUCACAAAAAAAUCAUUCCGUUUUAAGGCACGUUUUGUUGUUUUCCUCAGUGGUUCAGUGGGUCUAAACAGGCAUCCUUAAGUAACCUGUCGGGGCGCUUUUGCAACAGCCUGUUCUUUUACUUUAUUUUUUGCACUCUUGUGGAAUUAAUUUACAUAUUAUGUUGACUACAUGUACAUAAUGUUUGAUAUGUUGUCUGAAACAUAAAUGUCUUAUCUUUGCUGUGCAAAAGAAAAACACCACAUAUUAAGAUGUAAAGUAAGAUGUUUAAAUAAAAAAUGUUAUUUUUUAAAGAAAUGUGGUUUGUUAUGUGAACCCCAUUGAAUUACCAUGAAAAAAUAAAAUUAUAUGA